UGGCCCUCUCCGCCCCGUCAGAGCUGAACGUUUAUCGGACGUCGUCGCGAUCGAUCCGACAAUCCGAUGCCCACCUGCGUUGUCAUGUGUGUUUGAAGCAGGUGCAAUCAGGUGGAAAGCGAGCACAGCAGCGUCACGCCACUCGUUGCAGAUCCUGCCAGUGGAUUUCCUCGACUCCACUUUCCUUUUCCAGCUGACGCGUGGACUGAACAGUUUCGAGCUGCUUCUGCCUUCUUCUGGUGGGCGUCGGCGAAAAAGCGACCAUGUGGGAGUUCCGCUCCAUGAGUUUUUGGCGGGCCGUCUUCGCAGAGUUCUUCGGGACCAUGUUCUUUGUCUUUUUCGGCUUGGGUGCCGCCCUGCGCUGGAGUGUGGGGCCUCACCACGUCUUCCACGUGGCCCUGUGCUUCGGACUGGCGGCCGCCACCCUCAUCCAGUCCAUCGGCCACAUCAGCGGCGGCCAUAUUAACCCCGCCGUCACCUUCGCCUACCUCGUCGGUGCCCAGUUGUCUCUCUUCCGCGCUUUUUUCUACAUAGUCGCCCAGUGCCUCGGCGCUGUGGCCGGGGCCGCCGUGCUGUACGGGGUCACGCCUGGCAACAUGAGGGGCAACAUGGCUUUGAACGCGCUGCAGCCUGGCGUCAGUCUGGGAAUGGCCACCACGGUGGAGGUGUUCCUCACCAUCCAGCUGGUGGUGUGCAUCUUCGCCGUGACGGACGAGAGGAGAAACGGCCGCCUGGGUUCCGCCGCCCUCUCCAUUGGCUUCUCCGUGGCCAUCGGACAUCUCAUGGGGAUGUACUACACAGGUGCUGGCAUGAACCCCGCCAGGUCCUUCGCACCUGCUGUGCUGUUCAGAAACUUCCUCAACCACUGGGUGUACUGGGUGGGACCCAUGAUCGGCGCCACUGUGGGCGCCCUCUUGUACGACUUCGUCCUGUUCCCGCGCAUGAGGGGUCUGUCCGAGCGCCUGGCCACGCUGAAGGGCAGUCGGCCCCCGGAGAGGGAGAACCCGCAGGACCCUCGCGGCGAGCCCAUCGAGCUCAAGACGCAAGCUUUAUAAACCUGCGCUCGCCGUUAAAGCUUCACUAGUCAUCACACAAGACUUCCUUAAAAAACGAAGAACACAAGAGUCAGGUCACCAAGUAAAGUUCUCCUCCCCCUCCAUGACCUCACUCUGUACUCAGAGCUUCUGUGAUGGAGAGGAGCAUGCAAAGUGAGCAGGGAGGUUUUUAAAGGGUGGGUGCUGUUGGAAUUAGGUGGGGUAAGAUGCAGGGUGAAAGGUCACUCUGGGUUUGUGCUUGUUUUCAGGUUAGACCGGUGAAGGUGGUUUCUCUUUCUUAUCAUCUCAAUUUGUGGUUUUAUUUUACUUUCUGCACUCCAGAUGUGGAUGUAUGAUUGGAUUUGAGCAGGAGUUUUCAAAUGGCUACAUUUAUCUUUGUGUGAGUGACAGCAUUGUUGGGUGCAUGACAGUGAAUGUGUGUGUGCGUGUGUGCGUGUGUCUUUGCAGAAAGUGCAUGAGUGUGUGACAUGAAGAUUGCUAAUGCAGUAUUUUUUUUCAUUGCAGCUGUCAUGUUUUGUACCAAUCACCUUUUUGUCAGCGCUUUGUUUUAAGACACCAUCAUCUCCUCUCACGGUGAUAUUUGCAAUUUUUACAUAAACCAUGGCUUUGUAUCCCCCUUGGAGCCAACACAACCAAAGCAAAUGUUGAAUUAGACAACUGGAGAAACAUGACGGGUCUGUUCACUAGAGACUAUUAUUUCAUCCUUACAGGACUUCCAUUACCGCCUUCAAUAAACAUUCAGUUACAAUAAAUAUGCAAAUAUGUUACAAGAUUUGGGUCACUUUCUUCACUUAAUGCAUGGGGGUCCAAGCUUUGUCCACCGACAUUAUACAUUUUGUACAUUAAAGAUGCUAAAACCAAUUCAACGCAUAACAAUAUGUGAUAAACCAGCGAGUCUGAAACUGUGGGGCUCCAUCACGAAAUUAAAUAUUCAAACAUCGUGUUGCUGUUCAAACUGUGUGCAAUGUUACAGUGGCCAAAAAUAUUAAAUAUGCUAGUUAUAUAAAACCACUGCCUUGUUUUUGAUGAUUAUGUACACCUACUGCGCUACUGUAUUCUAAUGUUGGUCAUGAUGGUGGUCCUUGGAGAGCCAAAUUUGUUCUGAGGUGAAACCAUUUCGAGAACCACCGCGCUAAACUAACCUGUGUGAAGUUGGCCCUCCUAAAACUCUGUAGAAAUAGUCUCAUUUGUUUGUGCAUUUAAAAUGGUUGUUUGUGCUUUUUCCGUUUUUGUGUUAUUUGUGCUGCAAAAAACGUUGGUCUAUUAUAGUUUUUAAGUUUUACGGUUCUUAUGUGAUCAACGUUUAUUGAAGUUGUUAUUAUACAUACACAGUCAUUAACUAUGUCAAAACCUCCCCACACCAGUCAGUGCUGGUUUGUGCAAUUAAAAUGUUUGUUUGUGCUGCUUUCUUUUCAGAGUUAUUAAAGAUUAUUUGAAAACCCCCCCA